AUGGGGUACUUUGACGUGACACUACAGGUUCCGUCCGACCUGAUGCAUGACUUACUUGAAGGAUCCAUACCUUACGUGCUCACAGAGGUGUUGCGCGGCCUCAUCAGCAGUAACGUGAUCAAGUACUCAGAUCUCGAUAGCAUCACAAUAUUCAGUUUCGGUACACAGGAUAAAAAGAACAAGCCUGUGGCAAUGGGCAAAAGCUUUCUAAAUGGGCAAAGUGCCUACAAGAAUACUGCGUCUCAGAAGUGGUGUCUCUUCAGGUUUUUUUCGCUCAUGUUCGGAGACAUUAUUCCAGUGAAGAAUGAGCACUGGGAAGUGUACCUGCUGCUGAGGAGGGUUGUAGACAUGGCGUUUGCUGACGAGAUUCCACGUGACCACCUUGCGUGUCUGCAAGAUGAAAUUCGGUAUUUCUUGAGUGCCUUUGCCACUCUUUACCCAGGUAAAAUGAUCCCAAAGCUCCAUUUUUUGGUGCAUUAUCCAACGCUAAUUAACGAACUUGGUCCAUUGAAGCAAUAUUGGUGCAUGCGCUACGAAGACAAGCACCAGUAUGUUAAGACGAUAGCUUCACGCAAUCAGAACUUCAAGAACAUAUGCAAGUCAAUUGCAGAACGACACCAGUUGCUACAGAGCUUUCAGCUCUCCAACUUUGAGUUGGACGGUGGUAUUCAGACAACAAAGUCUAGGCCUGCAAAGCAAGAAGACUUUGCCCCAUGUGUGCAUGGAGUCUUUUCAGUUGGUGUGCCUGUGUGGGAAGUUGCUUCUGCCUCUGUGGAACACUCAACAUACAAAGAAAUGGACGUUGUCAUCCUAGAGAAACUUCAGUUCCCCAGUUUUGGACAAAUUGCAAGGCUGUAUGUAUAUUGCGGUAGCCUGUUUUUACUUGUAAAUGUGUUAAGGACUGUGACGUUUAACCGACACCGUUGGUCAUACGUUGUCUGCAAGACAGAAGAGCAGAAACUUGUAAGACCCAUGAACCUCGCAUCACCCCAGGUUAUUGACCUCUAUUUUGAAUCCGAGCUGGUGCUAAGGCCUGAAAUAAUGAUUGCUGAGUGA